GAUUAAAAGACUUCUGCUCUACCAACUGAGCUGCCCAGCAGCUAGGAUUCAGGAGGUGCACACAUCAGCUGUCUAGCUCCCUCCCAUGAAGUCUGUCUUCAUGGUUAGAAUCAGGCAGGCGCGCUGGCAGACAGAAAGGCGUAUUGCAAAACAAAAACAAAAAAUCCCAACAACACACAUGCUGCAGAGGCAACAACCUAUGGCAUUUUGGUGCCUGAGGCAGAAAAUCCAUUGUGUGCACAGCAAUGAUCACAAGCAACCGCGCCAUGUUUGAAAGAGAAGGGAAUGUCAAAGGUUUUUUCCCCAGAGGUGGUGGUAACUGUGGAAGGGAUAGCCUCUGUAGCAGACAGCAAAUUUAACUGGGCAUCAGAUUCCAAGGAGAACCCCUGCACCCCAUGGUACUCCACAACCAGCCAACUCAUAGCUCCAUAUGCUGCCUCCAAAUGUCUCCUGGUCCUUUCGUCUACUUCUUUUAAUUUUUGCAAUUUAUUUUUAAUUUCAAGUAACGAAACAUAUCCAUAUUAGAGCUUAGUAGCUGUACAGAAAAGAAAGCAAAAUAGCGGCUGAUGGUUGUAGUUUUAGACGUUCCAAGAAAGGCAAUCAAAUGAAAGCGUCUCUCCAUAAGGUUCAAGGAGUUGAUGGAGGGUGAAAACUAUGUCCAAUUGUCUUAACAAAGUCUCUCUCUGAUCCUUUCCUAAUUGAAAGCUGGUGACAAACUGCUUCUUUGCCCCUCAGCUUAGAUAUGAGGAAUGUCGUGUUCCCAAAUGCUCCUGGGUGUUGCAUUCUAAAGGCUGCCAGAUUCCCAACUAUCAGAAAAACAUAUUAAGUUAUUAAUGACUACAGCAGUUCUUUUGUUAGCAUCCCUGGCCGCUCAUCAGCUAGGCGUUCCCCAUUAUCAAGAUGGCCAAAUUCAUGAUGUUAUGAAAGAUGAAAUUUGAGAACAUGAGUGUUUCUCCCUCCUCCCUCUUUUUUAUUAUUUAAAUCUCAUAAUAAUUAAAGGCAUGUGGGUGGGUGUGCACUUGUAUUUUAAACAGGAGAUUUGUGGUUUUUUUGCAUAUGCAUACCAAUAACAUGCAAACCAUUUAAAUGUUUGAGAUAAUAGUCACUUUAGAUGCAAACUCCCUCUGCUGGUCUCUCGAAAUAGCACCUAUGCUUUCAAGUCAUGCCAGGGUGAAGGGAGGUUGCCAAGGCCUGAUGAGGUGGAGAAAUGGAAGUAGCAGAAAGUUAACUAUUUGUAGACACUGUAGGAUGUGUGAGGCUUUGAAAGUCCUGGACCGGCUUCAGAAAAUGGGAAUUGGGAGCACGGUGUUACAGUGGUCCCAAUCCUGCCUUCAGAACCAAGUCCAGAGAGUAGCAUUGGGAGAGUGCCCCCUGGUGGCUCUUAUGGGGUGCUGCAGGGGACUGUCUUAUCUCCACUGCUGUUUACUGUAAUAUCAUUCUGCAUGAAGUCGCUGGGAGUGGUCAUUAGGAGUUUGGGGGCAAGGUGCUAAUGGUUAUUUCUCCUUAAUCGUUGAAUCGAAAGAGGCUGCUGCGCAGUUCCUGGGCCAUUGCCUGGAUGCAGCUGUGAAAUGGAUGAGCUAAAACAAGCUGAGCUUGUAUCCUGGCAAGACAGAGGCGCUGGGAGAGCCAAAACUACCGCAGUCAUGGCAGAACUUCAACGUCUUCCCUCCUUGAAACGAGUGGCCGUUUCUGGGGGCACUCAUGGGAAUGAGAUGUCGGGAGUUUACCUGGCCAAGCACUGGCUCAGGGACCCCUCUGAGUUGCAACGCGGCACCUUCCAAGCUACGCCCUUCCUGGGCAACCCACGGGCAGUUGAGCAAUGUGUGCGCUACAUUGGGAGGGAUCUUAAUCGGGCUUUCCUCAAUGAAUUUCUCACCUCCAAGGACUCUGACAUAGACAACUAUGAAGUUCAACGUGCUCAGGAGAUCGACCAGAGUUUUGGGCCCAGGGGUUCAUCUCAGGCCUAUGACUUUAUGUUUGACCUACAUAACACCACAGCCAACAUGGGCGCCUGCCUUUUUGUGGCCACUGAGCACUGCCUGUUGCCCAUGCACAUGUGUCACUACAUUCAGCUGCUUCUGUUCUUUUCUCCACAGAAGCAUUAUUCAAUGGGACCCUGCACCAUCUUCCUUUAUCAGAAGCCAGGAGAGGAGACUCUUUACCUCACUUCAGUGGCCAAAGCUGGAAUAGCGUUAGAGCUGGGUCCUCAGCCCCAAGGAGUGGCGCGAGCGGACUGCCUUGCUCAGAUGAGAUCCAUCAUGGCCUGUGCUCUGGACUUCAUUGAGCUUUUUAACAAAGGCACAUUGUUCCCAGCCUUUGAGACUGAAGCAUACAAGGUGGUUGAACGUGUGGAUUUUCCCCGCUAUCCUGAUGGUGAGAUCUCUGCUGUGAUACACCCCAAUCUGCAGGAUAAAGAUUUCCACCCCCUGAAGCCCGGGGACCCCAUUUUCCAGACGCUCAGUGGAGAUGUGAUUCUGUAUGAGGGUGACAGCAUCACCUACCCAGCCUUCAUCAAUGAGGCAGCCUACUAUGAGAAGAAAGUGGCCUUCGUCAAGAUGGAGAAACGCACAUUCGCCCAACCUGCACUGCAGAAGGAGCUUUAAAUAAGUUACGUUUAACCCCGGGAACAAACCAGACAUCACCAGAAGCCAGUUCAAAUGAAUACAUUUUAUAUCAUCUAAGAAGCUUCUGUAGUGUACCUCGCCUAGGCACCGUAUUUUUGCACAAAAAUAAAGAGUCCUUGU